GUUUUUUGAGGUUUUGACAAAUUAUUUAAAAAAUAAUGCAUUUUCUAAUCGAUGCAAUAACUUUCGAUACUUUACACUAAUUUUUUAAUUGAUUUUUUAAAUAUGGAUCAGAAACCUGCGUUAGAUUUAGUGAUAUCCGCAGUUUCAGCUCUGUAUAACAAUCCUAACAGAGGCGAGAAAGAAAGAGCAUCCCAAUGGCUUUUAGAACUUCAAAAAUCCGUCCACGCUUGGACAGUAGCAGACGAGCUACUUCAUAUGAAAAGAGAUCUAGAGUCUUGCUAUUUUGCAGCUCAGACCAUGAGAACGAAAAUUCACCAAUCUUUCCAUGAAUUACCACAAGAAGUUCAUACAUCUCUAAGAGAUUCUUUGUUAGAACAUAUUGGUCAAAUAAAUGAAGCUACCAGCACAGCUAUUGUGACACAAUUGUGUGUUGCAUUAGCAGAUCUAGCAUUGCAGAUGCCUAGCUGGCAGAAAGCUACUCUAGAUUUAAUAAAUAGGUUUUCUCAGACUAAUAUUUGGCCUUUAUUAGAAAUUCUGACUGUUUUACCAGAGGAAUUGGAAAGUAGAUCUGUAAGGCUAGGUGAAAAUAGGCGAAUUGAGGUAUUAGAAGACAUGAAAUUUUGCGCCCCCACUGUCAACGAAUUCUUGAAACAUUGCUCCAAUCUUUACGGCACAAAUUGGCAAGAGCACGUUCAGGUCAAUGUAAAAAUAUUGCGUUGUUUCACAUCUUGGGUAUCCGUAGGUGCCAUAAGUCUGAACGAUCUUGCAAAUAACGUAGUAAUCAAUAGGGCAUUUGAAAUACUGAACUUUAAGCCUCAAAAUGACAAACAUACCAUAUCAGGUGCCUUCCACGAGGCUGCUACAGACUGUAUAUGCACCUUAUUGUUAUGUUUAGAAGAUAACAAUAAUCAACUAGGUUUAGAAAGUUAUCUUUUUAAUAAUAUAAUUAAUUUGGAUGUACCUUAUCACUUGUCAGUCGCCAACGAAGAUCAAGGAAAAUCUAUGGACUAUUGUAGGUUAUUCACAGAAUUAGCAGAAUCAUUUUUGGAAAAGAUUAUCAACAAUAGUAACACGGAACAGAUGCAUUAUGCCACUAAAAUUUUGGAUUUCGUUUUAAUGUGUGUUGGGCAUCAUGAUUAUGAGGUUGCCGAAAUAACUUUUAAUCUGUGGUAUGUCCUAAGCGAAGAAUUAUAUCAAAAAAACAACAAAGAAUUGACAGAACUUUUCAGGCCUUACGUGGAAAGGCUGGUAACCGCAUUAUGCAGGCAUUGUCAAAUGGAACCUGACAGCGAAGGCCUACUAGAAGAAGGAGAUGAAUUCAGAGACUUUAGGUUAAAGGUAUCUGACUUGAUAAAAGACGUUGUAUUUAUAGUGGGAAGUAGCAGCUGUUUCAGACAGAUGUUUAUGAGUUUACAAGCACCUGGAGUCACGUGGGACUCCAGUGAAGCUGCUCUAUUUAUUAUGCAAGCAGUGGCAAAAAACGUUUUACCAUCAGAAAAUGAAGUUGUUCCGAAGGUGGUAGAAGCAAUAUUGAACGUCCCGGAAAACACUCACGUAGCAGUAAAAUACACAUCCGUUCUGCUAUUGGGUGAACUUUGCGAAUGGAUAGAAAAACAUCCGAAUACUUUGGAUCCAAUUUUAAAUUUUUUAGUUUGUUGUUUGCCUCAACACGGUGUAGGCGCCGCCUCUGCCGUCGCUCUCCAGAAUAUCUGCGCCAGUUGUAGUGAGCACAUGCCGCGCCAUGUACCGAUCCUUUUACAGCUCCUCCACCAAUCGGAAACGUUUGCGAUAAGCAACACCGCCACGAUAGGUCUGCUGAAAGGCGUGGCUUCUAUAAUCGGAAGGAUGCCUCACGGCGAUAUGACGGCGGCGCUACGAGAAUUGUGUUCCAUGCAACUCAAUCCGAUCUGUCAACUCAUAGAACAAGACGUCACUCCGCUCAAAGGUUCUAAAACUGAUCCCGUGACUUGGUUGGAUAGACUUAGUUCGGUGCUGAGGUACAUUAACGUUAAUGUACAUGAGGGCGAAUUAAAUCCAUGCAAACCUGUCAUACUGGAAGUGUGGCCAGUACUGUCGCGAGUAUUUGACAAAUACCAAAGUGACAUUAGGAUAAUGGAGAGAUGUUGCCGUGCAGUGCGUUUCAUGCUGAGGUGCGUGUCUCAACAAGUUCGGGAACUUUUAGAUUCGCUCGUAGGACAAAUAGUGCGCAUUUAUAGUCUAUAUAAACAUUCUUGCUUCCUAUACGUAGGAAGCAUUUUAGUAGACGAAUAUGCAACGGACGCGCAUUGCGUCCAAGGACUUUUGGACAUGUUACAAGCAUUUUUAGAGCCCACCUUCCAUUUGUUGCAAGAGGAGAAUGGUCUCAGGAACCAUCCUGAUACCGUCGAUGACUUUUUUAGGUUGUGCGCGCGGUUCAUGCAGAGGGCGCCAGUUGCUUUCUUGAAGUGCGCGUCUCUGGUACACAUUUUGCAAUGUGCACUGUUGGCAUCGACUUUGGACCACAAGGAAGCCAAUAUGUCUGUGAUGAAGUUCUUUUAUGAUCUGGUCAAUCAAGGACAGAGCGGUAGAGCCGAUCCUGAUUAUGAAACAAGGAAAAUGUUGGUUCGAAGUAUAUUGGACGAAUACGGUCAACAGUUAGUCUCAAAUCUCAUCCAUUCUUGUGUGUUCUACCUUCAUUCCUAUAUGUUGAGCGAAGUGGGAGAUGUCUUUGUUCAACUGCUAGAUUUCGAUAGAGAGUCGACUAGUAAAUGGUUGGCGGCCGGUAUAGAAUGCUUGCCGAAACACAGCAACGGUGGUAUUGUAGCCGCUACACCUCAACAACUCACGGAUAUACACAUUGCCAUAACUAGAUCGAAUACUUCCAAGUCUGUAACGCAUGCUCUGAAAGAUCUAACGAGGUUAUAUCGUUAAAUUAAGGUAAUUUCGACAACUUGUGUAUUUAUUAUGUGUAAUAUAAAUUUUAUAUUGAGAAAUACGUCAAGUCCUGCUAAUUUUAAAUCGGCCAACGAUUCUAGAGAUACUCUGACUGGAUGGGACCGUUGGUUACCGUGUAAAAUUAAAAGAGAUUGUAUUUUUAUCGUCUACGAUUAAGAAUAAAAUAUUGUUAGUGUUAA